AUUCCAGUUCGCGUUUGUUGCCCGUGAAGGAUGCCUUCUGCCAACCCUAAACUAGAAAAACAGGCUUCUACGGAGACCGUAGAACCUAUACGCCAAGCAAUUAUCGUUAUUGAGCAUAAAAUACGGAAUCUUGAAAAACGUAAGGGAAAGUUAGAAUCAUACAGGGAUCUGCAAAAGAAUGGAAGGGAACUAAACGCGGAUCAAAAAACAGCAGUAGCCAAAUACGACGAAGUGUUACAAACAUUGGAUAUUACAAAGGAACUGUACAAGCAAAUCGUUGGAAUUGCACACGAUGCAGUCAAACAGCAAAAAAAGUUGGCAAGGAAAGAGGCUAUUGAGAGAAUGCAACAAGAUAUUGCAAAGGUGAAGGAGGUUCUUCUCAUACAAGACGCGCUAAUGAACAUGGGUACAGAAUCUGUUAGAGAAGAUUUUCUUGCUGGAAAAAAUGGUGCCGUAAAAUUAUCAGAACAAGAUUUGAAAUACUUGGAUAGCUUGUACAACGAAGUUACGAUGAAACAUCACAGAGAAGAAGGCGAACCAACAUUUUUCCAACAAGUGCAGAAAGUAGCCGAACACUAUGUAGCUAUUGUUGAUGGAAAACAAAGAGAAAUUGCUGGUACAACUUAUAAUAAAUUAAAAGAAAUUAUCACCUCUAUCAACCAGUGUGGCUAUUUCGAUCAAGUUCAUGAAACUGAAGCCGUAGCAGAAGAAGUUACAGAGGCAGUCGCGGAAACGCAAAUAUCUGAAACUCCUGUGCAAGACCAAGUCAAUGAGGAAUAUAAUACUAACGACAGACACAUUCCACCCGAGUCCAUAAUUCCAAUUCCUAACUUCCCUGUACAGGUCGCACCUCUCCCUGUUGUUUCCGGCACUACUCCAGUCUCUGGCCCUAUUCCUGUAGUUGCACAACCCAUUCCACACCCAGCUGCACCGGUUGAAACAUCUUAUUAUACAAAUGCAACAGGAUUUGUUCCACAACCACAACCACAGCCACAGCAGCAACAACAACAACAACAACAAUCUCAACAGACUCAGCAACAGCCACAACAAGCUCCCAGGAUCAACGACGUGAUAGGCACACCAAAUUUCUUCUUCUUACAAGAAUCGGAGCUCGACUCGCCAGAUGUUACACCACAAGCACCAAUAGUAUCACACAUUCCUACCGCCGUUAAUGCACCUAUUCCUUCACAAACAUUUACGAAUCAAAACUUUGCAAAUGCACCGGUAGUAGCACAACAAGUUAUAUAUCAACAUCAACCACCACAAGAUAUGUCCCACAUUCCUGGAUUUGCCAAUCCGAAUCCUCCUCCACCUAUCCCAAUGCCACCCUCUCAUCAGCAACCAAAUAUACAAUAUAGUCCUCAGCAUCCUACUAAUUUUCAACAACAGCCACAACAACAACAGCAACAACAAGCUUCUUCGCAAAUAACGCAACAAGCACAAAAUCAAAAUUUUGAACAAGAAACUCAACAACAACAACCUGUUGAAGAAAAAGUCGAAGAAAAUCAAAAUGAAACAACAGCACCGGAAUCAGAAAUAGAACAACCCAGUGAAUCUGUGGAUUGGUGCCAGAUGACCGAAACUAACGAUUGGAAUCAAACAGACCAAUCGCAACAAUCUGCACAAGAUUCGCAACAAACGCAACAACAAACAUCUCAGCAAAAUUGGGGUGAUCAACAACGCAGCGGAUAUAGAGGUAGAGGUGGAAGAAGAGGUAAUUCUAACGGGUACAAUGGAAGAAGUAGGGGCGGUUAUCAACAAAACGGUCGUGCAGGUCAAGGAACGUAUUAUCGUAACGAUAGUAACUAUCAAAAUGGUUAUCAACAACGAUCUUGGGGUAAUAGCGAAGGAAAUAGCGGUUAUAAUUCUGGUUAUAAAAGAGGCGGUGGUGGAUCAAGAGGCGGAGGUCCACGAGGCGAGCGUGGUAUGGACAGAGGUGGUCGAGGACAGUUUCGUGGUCAAAGAGGUGGAAACCGUGGCGGUUAUGCACCUCGUGGUAAACCCCAUACGCAACAGUAAUAAAAAUGCGAUAGAACAAUGCACAGUGAAACACAAAUGAUGCUGUAAGAUCAUAAUUCAAUUGUCUAUUUACGAAAAAAACCUAAGUCGUAUGUUUAAACUUUACAUACUACAAAAUUCGCGUGUACAGUUUGGCUUAGUAUUUUCUUCCGUACUUGGAAGAAAAUAAACCAAGUCGUAUACAUGAAUUUUAAUACAUGAAAUAACAAUUUCAAUGUUCUAGAUUGUUAUUCGAUGAUUCUUGUAAAUGAUUUGUCAAUUAUAUUUAUACAUAUUAAGAAAAUAACAUCAAGGGAAAAGUACCGAUGUUUACAUAAGUUCACGUUUUAAAAACGUUGCAUUUAAUUAGCGUGAUAAAAAAAAAUUGACUUAAAAAAAUAUAUCUUGCUAAAUUUUUUCGCGGCUUAGGAUAUUUCCUAAACGAGACAUUGAAUACAAAAAUUUUGCAUUUGAAUUUGGUAUCUACAAUCGUCAAAAGAAAGAUCUAUCAACACGAACGAAAAGGUCGUGCAGACGUAACAUCGUGAUACAAGAAAAGAUCAACCAAAUUUAAAAGCGCGAACCCACCGUGCAAGUAUUAUUGCGUUGCGACAGAAGGCAGUUUUCACAGGGCAACAACAGCUGAUCAACAAAGAUUAGAAAAAUAAUUUUAUUAUAAAAAAAAUACAAAAAAAACGAGAACUCACACAAGCAUUUCACGCAAAGACACGAGAACGUAUUUAACGAAUAACGUUGAAGCAAUCACGCGAAUAGAUGAACUGCACGACCAUCUCUUUGUCUUGCGGCGCAUCGUUCCGAAGAAUUUUUUAAGAUAUCAGAAAAAAGAGAAUACAGCGAGCAAUGCCUUCUAGCGCUAUAUAUCCUCUCGACUUCACAUUCCAUUUUUUGGUCUAUGAAUCUGCGAAGUAUUUAGAAAGUUAAAGUUGUCGAGAUUCAGUAGUUUGGAAAAUGAAAGAUCAACGUAAUACACGGACGCAUAAAAAUGUUUUUCACGAAACACGUUUCACGAUUGCUAUUCACGUCGCUCCCUCUUCUGUUUUUUCUGCGUGAUUUCAAAAUUCUGUACGGUCGCCUAUGCAGCUGGCCAAGUAAAAGAGAUUGCAGUGCAAUGUCGAGUUUAUGAAGCAACAUUACCUGAUUUUUUUUAUCGCAAAAUAUAUAUGAUUAUUUUAAAGAAAAUAAAGCGACAGCGCGGAGCUUUAGCACGUAAGUCGAACGUACAAUUUCCGACUAGAGACGAAGAAGACGCGUUCGAAUAACGCGCCAUCGACGAAAGCCACGCUCACACCGCCAAACACGCGACGAGGAGUACCGUAUCGUAUUUUUUUUUUUUGUAUAUUUGCGUUCAAUCACCUCCAUCUACAGUUAUGUUCAACUAUCCUACGAAUACCUAUGUAUCUUCCAAAUAAAGAUCUAAUUCAACCCUGCUAACUAGCCUACCUAUCGUACUCAUUGUCAACACGUCGUUUCACUCUUCGGCUUGUUCUCAAAUAAAAAAAUCGAAUAAAAUAUUUGAUCAAUCAUGUUUUAUCAACAUUUUCUUCGUUACUUUCUAUUUCUUUCUUUUUCGCUUCGAAUCAAAUCGCAAGAUGUUCGAAUCGUGCAUUGUUGUCACGAUCGAAGUAAUUAUUUAAAUUUCGCGCUUUCUCAUUCGCGGUACAGUACUUCAACUGAUCAUCGUAGUUAAAAUUCGUUUCAAAUUAAACGUGGUUAGAAUUCUGUGAUAUCUGGUACGUUGGUGUCCGAGUCGAAGCAGUUACCGUUGGUAUAUAAUUUUACUUCAAUAAUUGUAACAAAAUCGUACGUGUUCUCUAUAUCGUGUACGGAACAAAGUGCAAGUACAUUCGAAGCAAUUACAACAUAUACGUGUACGAUCAAUGCGAUCGAACAGAGAAUGAUGAUCAAAACUGCUCGCGACCCUACAAUAGAGAAACAUUUCAAAGGUCAUGAAGAUGCUAUCACAGGUUUAUGUUUUCAUCCUGAAACUACUCAAUUAGUAUCAAGUAGUUCAGACAAAAGUAUAAUAUUAUGGAACCUGAAAGAGUCUGCGAGAGCUUGUAGAUUUCUUGGACACAAAGAUGCAGUUUCCGACGUCACGUAUGCACCAUCGGGGGAAGUCAUAGCCAGCGCUUCCAACGACAGAUCUGUUAGAAUUUGGGUUCCUAAAAUAACAGGACAAUGUUUAGAUUUCAAAGCACAUUCAGCAGCUGUUAGAUCGGUACAGUUUAGUCCAGAUGGAGAAAAGGUAUACGUACUUAUACUUUGAACAACGACAGAGCUACGGCAGACGUAAAAGUAUCUACGUGUCAUUCAGCAAUAUUCUCAUACAUUUACAACAUUUGAUAUUAUGAAACGUAGAAUGAAAGGAGUGAAACGUAGAAUCAAAACAUGCAGCAUCUUUCACUAAAAGAUAAGAGCGUCUGUUUUUCUAUACUCGCCGUAACUCGUGUCUAGCACGCAUUUAAAUUUAUGUAUGUUUCAAUGUACAGUUAAUUACCGCAUCAGACGAUAAAAGUAUUAAAUUAUGGGUAGUACAACAAAGAAGAUUUCUCACGUCAUUCGCACGUCACACAAACUGGGUCAGGUGUGCUAAAUUUUCUUCAGACGGUAGACUCAUAGUUUCUUGCAGCGACGACAAAACAAUAAAAUUAUGGGAUAUCACCAGUGGGGAAUGCAUUAAAACCUUCAACGACGUAAAAGGGUAUUCCACGUACGUGGAAUUUCAUCCAAGCGACUGUGUUAUCGGAUCGGCAAACGUAACUGGUUCUGUCAAAUUGUACGAUAUACGUACCGCUUCUUUGUACCAGCAUUACGCGACUCACAAAGAUUCAGUGAAUAUGAUAAAAUUUCAUCCAAAAGGAAACUUUAUAUUGACCGCAUCCGACGAUUCAACAAUGAAGGUUUUAGAUUUGUUGGAAGGUCGUCCAAUUUAUACGCUCAAAGGACACGCAAAUGGUACCAGCGCGACAUCGGUAACAUUCUCUUCCAAUGGAGAAUUCUUUGCUUCCGGCGGUACAGAUCAACAAUUAUUAACGUGGAAAACAAAUUUCGACAAAGAUGAUAUUUCUCGAAAAAUUUCACGACAUUUAUUCUCACCUAUCGAAGAAUCGGAAUCUAAAGAAGUGAAAGAGGAAAAGUCGCAUAAAGAUGACGAUAUAUCCGAAGGAGAAGAGGAUAUGGAAUCAUUGCACGAGAAACUUGACAUUACGAAUUUAAAAAACGGAAGAUCUCGUCGCGAAAUACCAGAUGCUGGAGCAUCGAACAAAGACGUAGAAUGUAAAGUCACAAAUACGAGGAAUCGGAGACCCUUUGAAAAGGGCCAUCGUAUCGCGAAUAUAUCACGUUUAUCUGGUACGCACUCCGGUAAAAUAGUAGAUGCACUUAACGAACAAGUGCAAUCAUUAAGCGACGCUGUUGCUCUUUUGGAACAACGUUUGUCCGUAUUAGAGGAAGAAUUGAAAAAUAAUUUUUUGUAAUUCAUUUAAGAAGUUACUCGAUUAUAAUCGAACAACCCAGAUACUUGCAAAGUAUAUAUUUAAAUUGCACUUGACAGUUAAAGAUCAAUUAUUUCAAAAUACAAUGCGAAUCUUUCGAUCAUCAGUUCGUACGAAAAGUUACACAAAGUACAAUGACGUUAUAGAAGAGGAAAAAUAUAAAUCUCGACGUAACAAGAAAAUAACGAUUAUACUUGUAAAGCGAUUAUUUUUUUACGCCUAAAAAUUGACACGCCUUCCCAGUUUUCUCGAUGAUCCGUGAUAUUUCAUCAGAAGGAAGCGCAGACGUUACAAAUACCUUGUUUCCUGGUAGAUCUAUUUGCACAUUGCCAAUACGAGAUGUCAUAUUGAUAAUCGCUUGUAUUUAUCGAGCAGUUACUCGGCACAACGGAUCAAUCGUGUCACGUGUUACAAACGGAACAACGAGUCUCUCUCUCUCUCUCUCUC